AUGGGAUCGCAGAGGUUUCUACCGUGUCUGCACUGCUUACUGAUGCUAGUGCCGCUCUUGCGCGGUGCCGACUCGGCGUACACCUACGCGCGACGGCCCGGCAGCUAUGCCGAAUACGCAUGGAGCACGACCCAAGAUGGCUUGGCCAGGUUCAACUUCAAAACCUCGCAGGCCGACGCUCUCCUAUUCUAUCUCGACAGCUCUGGGAACGGGGGAAACUAUUUGGUCGUGUGGCUGGAGGACGGCCGAAUGAACGCUCGAAUCAAAGUCGGGUCUGGGCAGGAGCUUAACGCGACUUUCGGGCUACAUCUCAACGACCUGCGUCAGCACACUCUGCUCAUAAAGCACUCUGGGGCCACGUUCGAGUUUUACCUUAACAAUCAUAAGACCAGCGAGCUCCGUUACAACGCCAUGAAUCUUUUCCUGACGUUUUCUCCUGUCUACAUCGGGGGCCUGCCGACCUCCUACGCCCCAGACUACGAAGCCGCGUCCAAAAUGCAGCCGCUAGCUGGCUGCGUAGACGGAGUCAGUUUCGCAGACGCCUCUCCGAAUCAGAUCGAGCUGAGGUCGCGGGAGCCUUCAGACACCAACGAACUCCAGGAAGGGUGCUCCGACGGCUGCGCGGACGACGCCCAGUGCAACGGGGGAAGAUGCGUGCAAAACUGGUCGCGUCCCGACGGCUUUUUCUGCGACUGCAGCUCGGCAGACAAUGUUGGAGAAUACUGCACCGACCCCUCAUCAGAACACCAGCUAGUCCUGGCAGGCGAUGGCUAUGUAUGCUACACCCUAGCUCCGGAACCGUUCACGCCGGAACACGAUGACAUCGCCGUACAACUCCAGUCACCUCUCCCUGCAUCGGGGACCGUCAUCACCGGAGAAUCCAGGAACCGGUCAGACUCGUUUAACCUGUUCCUGGAGGGACGUACUCUUCGUUAUGAGUUAACGAUCGGGGAUAAUACUUUUCAAACCAAGUCGGCUCACCAACUGAGUGUAUCUCGGAAUUAUCAGAUAUCAGCCGCCAGAUUGGAAUCAGAGGUCGUCAUCACCAUUCAAACGAUAUCGUCGACCAAUCAGGUUACGGUUGCCGAGACGAUCGAGAUGCCCCUCCCACCGAGCACCCCCGAGCCAGUUUUUCAAUUUUUCUGUGUAGGGGGCGGGACAUUGGAAACCCGGCUGUACAACGGAGUGAUGCAAAGAAUCAUGAUUGGCCACGCAGCUCUGAUAGGGACACACAACUCCACCCGACAUACACUGGGCGAUUUCAUAAGCUUACGCAACAACCCUCCCUCCCCCUCGCUCGCCUUCCCGAAACUCGGGUUCAGUUUCGACGAGGUCUCGUUCCAGUUCCGCUUGGCCCCGGACACCGAAACCGGUGUCAUUCUCAAAGCCGGGAACCAGGCGUUCGACUUGAGCUUGACCAUCUUCAAUUCAUUCGAAGGUAACGAGAUUCUUCUCGUUGCCGGUCAUCCCGUAGUCUGCGAAAUGAACGUCGUGGACAACCGGUGGCACCUGCUCGAGCUACGAAAGACGGAAACUGCAGGAACACGAGGAAUAGCGGUGACCUUUGACAGAAAUGCGUCGACCUCUUGCCAAAUUAGCAUCAGUCAGGAAAAUUUUGAUAUUUUAGAGAGCAAUUCUUCGGUUCUCGAACUUGGGCCCACAACGACGUCGGCUAUCUUUCCCGGCAAUCCGACGCCUUUUGAAGGCUGUUUCCAGAAAAUCCGGUUUACGACGGGUUCCGACGUCUUCCGGCCCAACCUCGAAGUCCCGAUAAUGCUGUAUGAUCGUUUCUAUGGCGACGGUUGCCGUGACUGCCAGCCAGAUUACGAGGAGACGUACUGCAAAAGGACCAACGGCGUAUGUCGAAGUAACGGAUUCAGAAACAUCUCUUGCGAAUGUCGGGAACCAUACCUUGGACCGACCUGCGAAUGCCUAGGGCCCUCCAUUGGACCAUCUUGCGAAGGUCUGACUGACCCUCCCACCAUACCUUCUCCCUCCUCCUCUUCGCCAUCCUCCAAAUUCUCCACUCCGUUGACCACACCCACCGACCCCACCGUCUCGGGGAACAAGGGAAAACAAUGGCGACGGAACCGAUUACGACACCCUCGGUCAGUGGGUGGGUAUCGGCACGGCGAUAUUCCUCGUCCUCAUCCUUCUGUCGAUCAUGAUGGUAUUCAUGGGUUGCUUUGUUCACAGCCAGCGUAUAAAACGUGUCGGUUUCUACCGAACGCACGAAAACACGCCGAGCGUAAAUCUUCCUCACUUCAGUGCCUCGCUAAAGACAGCUCAUUCCCAUACACUCAACCUGGAACAGAACCGGGUCACUGCAAUCACAAACGGACGCACCGUACACCCAACAUACGCCAGUGGAGAAAAAGAAUUCUAUAUAUAGACUGUUUCUAUUUUUUGACCACCUCCAUUUAUAGCAUACACUCAAUCUCUGUAUUAUUAUAAUAAUAUUAUGUCUCUCGGGCAAUUCUCAUUUCGUUUUUUACUCUGAAAUUCAAAAUCCACACGACCUCUUUGAAUUGACAAUCCACACACACUUAUUCAUCCGUCCAUCAUCUUGCUUUUUAAAACACGUAUAAUUAUAUACACACUGCAUUGUCCCAUUCACUGCCAUUCAUCCUCAGUUGCAGUUUCUCAAUCAAAAUUUUGACAGCAC